AUGUUGAGACAACGUCGAAAACCCAUCACACCAAUUGAACUUGUUAAAGAUUGUGAUGCGUUUGUUAAAGUUGAAAAUGAUCUAAAAGAGCCAACAACAACUGGAGGAACAAUUGCGGUGUUGACCGCCACUGUUGUAUUAUGUCUUAUAUUUAUCCAUAUAGUAUCAUUUCGAAAUACAUUGUUAAAAUAUGAUUAUUCAGUCGAUUGGGAUCAUGAGAGUAAACUAAAAAUUAAUAUCGAUUUAACAGUGGCAACUCAAUGUGCAUUGAUUGGCUCAGACGUUCUGGAUGUAACAAACCGUAAUCCACUAGAAGCCGGAAAACUUGAUGAAGAAGACACGUGGUUCCAGUUAUCUGCCAAACAAGCAAAAGUAUUCAAAAAAUUGCAAUUAGGAAAUGAAAUAUUGAGAAAACAGUAUCAUGCAAUUCAUGAUAUUGUCUGGCUGACCGGUUACAAUGCGCACAACGAAGAAUUACCAAAACGAUCCUUUUCAUUAUUUGGUUCACAUGCACAUUUGAGUCCACUUGGGAUCGAUUCUGCUAUGAAUUUUUCACAUCGAAUUGAUCAUUUUUCAUUUGGACAGCCGAGUCCAGGUCUAGUUCAACCGUUAAACGGUGAUUUAAAACUAUCUAAUAUGAGUAAUCAAAUUUAUCAAUAUUUUAUUGAAGUUGUACCAACAGUUGUUCAAACAAGACAUGCUAAUGUGGAAACAUAUCAGUAUGCUGUCACAGAAAGAAGUAGAACGAUUAAUCACGAUAGUGGUUCACAUGGUAUUCCUGGCAUAUUUGUCCGUUAUGAAAUAUCGCCAAUGAAAAUAACUGUCAAAGAAGUGAACAGAUCUUAUUGGUUUUUGUUAGUUGAAAUUGGAGGAAUUAUUGGUGGCGUUUUUGCAACAUCAGGUAUGAUUCAUUCUUUCAUCAGUAUUAUGUAUGAGAGUAUUUACAAGAAAUGUGAAAAAACUCAUUGUGAAAUAAAUGAGACCGUUGUUGUAGCAAAAAAUGAUAUUGGCAUUACACCAGAAUCUUCAGUAGUUAUUUAA